CGUAACAGAAGGAAAAAAGGCGGCGCAUUUUAGCAGGCUUAUUAGUUGAUGAAAAAUUACGCUUUUAGACACGUCGUGAGGCGCACAGUUUGUGAUCUCCAUCAGUCAUCAGACCAGGUCCUUGUCCAAAAACCCGGACUUGUUCAUCAGAGAAUUGGAGAAGGAGACGACGAGUGUGAAAAAAAUGGAAAUUGCAAGCGAGCCGACUCGGGUGAUGGUGGCUGUGAACGAAUCGGCGAUCAAAGGCUAUCCCCACCCUUCGAUUAGCUGCAAAAGAGCUUUUGAAUGGACUCUGGAGAAGAUCGUCCGAUCCAACACAUCCGAUUUCAAGAUUCUCUUGUUCAAUGUACAAGUUGUGGACGAAGACGGUUUUGAUGAAGUAGACAGCAUAUUUACUUCUCCUGAGGAUUUCCGAGACAUGAGAGAGUCUAACAAGGCAAAAGGUCUUCACCUUCUCGAGUUUUUCGUUAAAAAAUGUCAUGAGAUUGGGGUUGGUUGCGAGGCAUGGAUCAAGAAAGGUGACCCCAAGGAUGUGAUAUGCCAAGAAGUGAGGCGGGUCCGACCAGAUCUUCUGGUUUUGGGAAGCCGUGGUCUUGGCCGGUUCCAAAAGGUUUUUGUGGGGACUGUGAGUGCCUUCUGUGUGAAACAUGCCGAGUGUCCAGUCCUCACCAUCAAACGCAAUGCCGAUGAAACUCCCAAUGAUCCAGCUGAUGACUAAACCACAACCACAACAACGUCCCAUUCCAAAAUUUUAAACUCUUCUUUGCUCUAUACAUAUACAGAGAGUGAGUGCUUUUGUGUGUACAAAUCCAAAUUCAUACCCUAUAUAUCUCUCAUAUAUAUAUUCGUAUGUGUGCAGUCUGCUACGUUUUGGUUUUAUAUCUACUAUUUCUUUAAUAUUCAAAUAACUCUAACUUUCA